CAUGAAUGUUUUAUUCCCAGCGGAAAAGGGGUCAUUUGUUGCAUGCAGAAAUAGAUCACACUGUCAGAAUAGAAUGAAAAUGCUCUUUGUUUUGCUUGUCCUUUGCGACACUCAGUCGGGAAAACGAUUCAAUUGGGCUACAUAUUUCUACACAAAUAUGAUCCAGAUAUGCUGCUCCUGCUCUUCUUCAGGAGACAGCAAGGAGAACACAUGGGAACUGACAAAGAACAAACAAGAUGUUUGUAAAAAAAAAGACGCACGUCUUCCUUCUUCCGUUCCUAAACAUUCGGUUUACUACUCUUGUUCACACGUUCUACUUUCUGCCUCCUCUUCCAUUCCACUCAUUCCACUCAUUUGACUGAUUUCAUUUCAUCUUACUUCGCCAUUAACAUGGAAACAUAUAUUGCACGGUAGGUCUGCCUGCACAACACACACUAUAGUCCAUUAGAUGAUCAAAGCUAAUGGUUGCUCUGGUUCGACUUUGUCGGCGUCACCUAGUAUCGCUCAAUUUGAGAAAUACCUUGCGCCAGAUGACGGUCAGGUCAUUAACCGUCAAGAGUUCAAGGAGCUGUGCUUCAGCGGUAUUCCGGACAAGCCAGGUCUUCGCCAGAUUUGCUGGAAGAUUCUACUUGGAUAUUUACCCUUAGACAAGUCACGAUGGAACAAAGCAUUGAUGGAACAGAGACGACUGUACUAUAGCUUUGUCAAAGACCUGAUCGUCGAACCUGAAAUACAUGAGCCACCCGAAGGCUGGAGUGUUGAAGAGCUUGCAAAUCACAAUGACGAUUCAGAAUGGUCGUUGUUUUUACAGGACAAUAAGACACUGGAACAAAUUGACAAGGAUGUACGGAGGACACUGCCGGAUUUUGCUUUCUUUCAGCUGCCUAUACCUUACUCGCCACUCUGCCCCUUGAGUAUUGCACCAAAAAUCCGUAAACCUAAGGAAAGAAAGGCUACUGUCAAAGUCGGCUCUAGCAUUAAUUUAGAUGCUUUAUCGUGGGCAACGACAACCAACCAAAUGAUAUCAGCAGGGUCACUACCUGGUCCUGGGUUUACACAUAGGCAAAGACUCCAGGAUGAGCCAAGCAUGGAUCUCGAAUUUGCACCUGUAACACGCACACUGACCCCAACACUCAAGCGCCGUCAAACUGUUACUGUGAUGUCCCCAAUAGCUGGCAGGAAAACCAAUGAGAUUGGGAAUAUGGAUCGACGGCAGAAUAUAGCCCUUUCGUCACCCAUCAACGGUGGGAUAGAGACACUUCCUCAUGCUCUCCUCAAUAGAUAUAAGACCUCCAAUAAUGAUAGUUACUGCUGCUCGUCGGUUCCUUCACGGCUCAGGGGUAUGGCAACGGCGGCUGAAAAAGAUGAGGACGAUAACGAUAAUAAGUCGUCUGCAGUGCCUGAUUAUCUUUUCUCACCCAUUCCCACUCGCCGAUCGCUUUUUAAACGAGUUGCACAUCUGAACCAAGACUUUGGUUUUCGACAGCAUCAGCCACAUAGUUUACGGACUUCCAGAUCUAAGGAGAGUUGGGCGAAAAAAAUAUCGGGUGAGAAGACUAAAAAUCAAAGAAGUGAUUCAAGGUCACCAUCCUCUUCUUGCUCGUCUUCUUUUUCCUCUAAAGUCUCAUCGGGGACUGAGAGUGACGAUAGCAUAGACGAUGAACUUCCGCAGGAUUUGCAUUGGGAAGCUAUAGAGCGCAUCUUGUUUAUUUAUGCAAAACUAAAUCCAGGAGUCGGGUACGUUCAAGGCAUGAAUGAAAUUCUCGGACCACUCUACUAUCUCUUGGCCAAUGAUGUUGACGAGGUGAGCCGUGCACAUGCGGAAGCCGAGUCAUUCUGGUUAUUUCACUUGUUGAUGGCGCACUUCCGCGACCACUUUGUAAGAUCCCUUGAUCGGGAUCGAACAAGUGGCAUCGGAUCAACAAUAGCGAGAAUGAACUUUCGCUUGAGACAGUUUAAUGAACAACUGUGGCAGAACCUUGAGGACAAAGGAAUUGCGCCUGAGUACUACAGCUUCCGGUGGUUAACGGUUUUGUGUACUCAAGAGUUUGAAAUGCCAGAUGUUUGGCGGAUAUGGGACUCGAUCCUUGCAGACACUGGGGGUAUAGAGAAAGAUUACGACUUUUUACUAGAUUUUGGAUGCGCCAUGGUGUGCCACCUUCAUGAGGAUCUCGUACAAGGCGACUUUGCAGACAAUGUCAAAUUACUUCAGAAUUACCCUUCAGUGGAUAUUCAACCUAUUUUGCAUCUUGCGACAGUUAUUCGUGAUCAUCGCAUUAAGCAUACUAUCAGGAAACACACAAGCCCAACAGUUGAUACCAGAGAGAAUGGGUCCCAUCGACAGAGCAUGGACCUUCGAUUGUGGGGUUCGCGUAGUUCGUCCAAGCUACAGAAACACAGCAUUUCAACUUAUGAGAAUAUGAACGCACGGGAUUGUAAGGCGCAGAUGAUUGAUGGUAUCCAGAAUAGUGAUCGGCUCGACCAUAACCUUGAGGGGACAGAUCAUCGCUCCCCACUGUACAUACCUGUGUCGUCAAGCCCAAAAAAGAGCAGACCCUUGAGUAUAUCGGCAUUAAGUCUAGAUGGACGGUGGUUAAGAAGCAACAGCGGCGAUGCCACAUCUUCCGGAUCCGGAACAUUAUCGGCAGACGAACGACUAUCCUCGCCCUCAAGUCGUAGUAUAGACAACUAUAUGAUGGGUCAUGGUGUUCGAUCGCAGACAAGUACAUGGGCAGAGACGUUUACAAUGUUCAAAGCACGGAUUGUAGGUCUUGGACCUUCCUUAGGGAUUAGUAAUGGUGUGAGCGAUGCUGAGUCUUUGAGUGCAGUCCCAAGAGAGUCCGUAGAUGUACUGGCUCCGUCCAUAAAAUUAGCUUUGUAAUAAUGAUCCUUCUAAGCGGGGUUUUUUCUUUAAAAAUAUGAAAAGCAAGAAGGAGUGGAUGCGAUCGAAUGAUCAAAAAGGUUCGAGUUGUGAUUGUCAUAUGAAAAGUUGUAAGUGGAUUUGGU